AUGUCCAACAACUACGGCUCCCCCAACACCCCCGGCCAGCGAGGCCAGCAAAAUCAGCCCAGCCAGCAAUCACCUCGACUUGUUCGUGGUGAUCCGAAAUCCACCCAGAGCCCGGGCUUCGCAGCCACUGGACAGGCUGUUCCUAGCGGACUCGCAGGGUUCACUGGGCCCCCUGGAUUUGAAAUGCCGCCCUUAUCAAUCACCUCGCCGCCUCAACUCCACCCUGCCCUAGGCCACGGAGGUCAACCGCAUCAUGGAGCCUCGCCACCUGCCGGAUCGUCUUCAGGUCUGAGACUUGGAAGCAUGGAACAGGCGCGUCAGCGUCUGAACCACAUGAUAUGGCGCCCACCAUUCGCCGAUCGGACUGUACCUGAUUGGAGAAACAACGCGCUUCUCUGCUCCAUGGUGGCGGGUCUCAAGAACGCCAUGGCAAAUACUACAAACUGCGUCGACCAUGACACGGAACAUUUCCGUCAUUGGCAACAGACUUCGAUCCGCUAUGCGGAGGUGGAUGUGGAGGCCAUCGCAUGGUUAGUCAUGGAACAACUUCAGAUGCUGCACGACGAGAAAGUCGGAUCCCGUUCGUGGCACUACCGCUCACACAACUUCUGGGAGGAAGAAGGAGAAGGUCAGGAUGACAUAUUGCAGCGGGACCGCCAGCUCAAUUAUGAAAAUCGCUACAAGGUAGUCCUCACCUUGUUGGCCCAGAGCAAGACCGUGUGCGACCUAGUCAUGCUAAAGUCGUUUGUUGAACUGCUAGUCACCGCGCCCUACCGAAUGGCGCGGGCGUACGGCUGUACAAUUGUGGUCGACACUGCAAUUUCAACUCAACCGCGAGCCCCGCUGCAGCCGUCGACUUCCACAUCAUCUCCACCUCACGCACCGCCAUCGGGACGUGCUCGUGGCGGAUCCGGCGGCCGUGCCGGUUCUGGUGGCCGCAAUACUCUGAGUUCCCUCCAGUCUCCUCCAGGAUAUCGCGGUGGACGUCGUGGCGGCUUCGAUGGGGUUCAAGAAGGCCAAAAGGACGCGGAUGACGACGUCUUCGUCCAGGCCAGAUCCCCCCACGAUCCUUACAACCAGUAGUAGCCUCUCUUCGACCCCUCUCUAUUUCCUAUCAAAAGCGACAUCGCCCCCAUCUCAUUGAGCAUGAAAUUCCCCUUUCCCCUACUUCAACAAGUCCCUUCUUCCCCUAGUUCCCCUCUUCCCCGGCACACCUGUUUCUUUUAUUUUGGCUCCCUUUGAUCCAACAUUGUUACGGCUCCGGUGGCAUGACACAUGGUCGGGAGGAUUGGUGUUUAGCCUCCUAAUGCUUUCUUUCA